AUGGGAGACCAAACUCUAGGUUCAAAGCCAACAGCUCCAUCCUUUCGAUCUGGAUCUCCAACUCCAGAGCAACUAACAACACUCGGCCAUGCUCACAUUCUCCGCCGCCUUUCAGACGCAGACCUCACUAUGGUAAUCCAUGCCAUCGGAGGUUCUCACAGCACCGAAUCUCAAAACGUUGCGCAUCCAACAUCAUGGCUCUAUCCUCCCAAAGGUCUGCCAGACGGGCUUUACCGGGAUGUGAUUCGCGCCCGCGUAGGACGACAGUACAUGUACUACGCGUUCUCUAUGUUCUUCAAUGCUUCCAUGAUAACACAACUUAUACUCGGGGCACUACUCACGGCACUCGGCGCGCGGGCAAAAAGCAACGAAACUCUCAUCACGGUUCUCGCGGCUGCGAAUACAAUUGUCGCUGGUCUGCUAGCACUCAUGCACAAUUCUGGGCUGCCGAAUCGAUAUCAGAACGACUGGUACGAGUUCGACAAGGUGGAGGCGUAUAUCAGGGAGCUAAUGAAUACGGGGAUUGUGUUGAAGGAUCAGACUAGGGAUGAGGUUGUUGAGACUUGUUAUUCGAUCUUCAGAAAGGCGAAGGAUACUAUUGCAAAGAACCAACCGGCAUCUUAUACGGCAACCGAGGGUGGAGCGGCCCCAGUCGGCUCAAGUCAGGCUCCACACUCGUGA